UUCCUAAUUUCUUUUCAGAUAACAGAAGAUUUCCUGGCAACGUACCACGCCAACUAUGGCUUCCACGCAGAUGAUACAGACAGUUCAUCUGCUUCUGGCACAGCCACUGAAAGUAAGCAACCAGUAGGUUCUAAGACAUCAGGAACACAACCGUCAGCAAACGAGAAAGGACCAAAACAAACAGAUCCAAAGCAAAAAGCAGAAAAACGGAAGCUUGAGCCAGGGUGGUUUCAUGUUGAAGAAGACAGAAAUACAAAUGUUUAUGUGACUGGUUUACCUCCAGAUAUUACUAAAGAUGAAUUUGUACAAGUCAUGUCAAAAUGUGGUAUCAUUAUGCGGGAUCCUCAGACAGAAGAACACAAAAUCAAGCUGUACAAAGACAAGGAAGGAAAUCUUAAAGGUGAUGGCCUCUGUUGCUAUCUAAAGAGAGAAUCAGUUCAACUUGCAUUGAGACUUCUGGACGAAGCAGAAAUCAGAGGCUAUAAAUUGCAUGUUGAAGUUGCAAAGUUUCAACUGAAGGGGGAGUAUGAUGCAAGCAAAAAGAAGAAGAAGUGUAAAGACUACAAGAAGAAGUUGUCUCAACAGCAGAAACAGCUGGAUUGGAGGCCUGAGAAGAAAGACGGCGCAACUCGAAUGCGACAUGAGCGCAUCGUUAUUAUCAGGAAUAUGUUUCACCCAAAGGACUUUGAGGAGGAUCCCUUAGUGCUAAAUGAGAUCAGAGAAGAUCUGCGGACGGAGUGUGAAAAGUUUGGUCAAGUAAAGAAGGUUCUCAUAUUUGAUCGACAUCCUGAUGGUGUGGCUUCUGUGUCAUUUAAAGAAGCAACAGAAGCUGAUCUUUGCAAACUAACUCUAAAUGGGAGGUGGUUUGGUGGCCGCCAGCUCAGUGCUGAAACGUGGGAUGGAGUCACCGAUUAUCAGGUGGAGGAGACUGCAAGAGAAAGGGAAGAAAGGCUCAAGGUGUGGGGAUCGUUUCUAGAGGAUCCUGAUGCAAAGGAGCAGCAACCGACAUCGGAUUCGGAUGCCGCAACAAGUAGCGUUAAACUGCCUGAAGGCAGACAACCUGCCAACGUUAAUGACACCUCUAAGGAUGUAAAUGAUGAAGCCCAUAAGAGGGAGAAUAAUGAUCUUCUCUUGAGGCUUAGAUCUUCUGUUGAGGCUGGAAUGAUGUCAAGGAGACUAGAAAUGCAUGAGCACACACGUUCUGGGCCAUAGUGAAUUAAAUUCUCGUGGUCUGUAUGCGCUAGGUAUGCAAAAUAGGCUUUUGAUUGAUGUGUUUGCUUUGUUUAGUUAUAGCUUUAAUAUUAGCGUAAACAUUUUUAUUUAACUUUGUUAGAUGAUGAGGUGAGUUCUCUUCAACAUUUUAGUUUAGCCUUACGUGCUCUUUGAAGUGGAGGAUCUCCCAUAUUUCAUAAAAUUUCAAGGCUUUUGGCAACUUGAACUACAAUUUGUUGUGCAAAAGUUAGAAUACUUGAAAAUACGCUUUCAAAUAAUACUCUUUUCUAUGGAAAAAAGCAAAUGCUAACCCUCUUAGAAAUAUUUCCAAAAGCAAGGAUUGAGAAGACAUUCUAACUUUAGAUAUCUUAAUAAGUGGCAGGCUUUCAAAAAUAACUUUAAGGGAGCUGUUUUGGGCAUAGUCAUUCCUCAUUUCGAAUCCCAUUAUUUUGAUGCCUAAGGAUUGAAGAAUACAGACUUAGGCACUAAGCAAGAAGAAUACAGACUUGGGCACUAAGCAAUUAAAAUAUCAGUGCUAAAUUCAUAGCACGCUGCUUACGUGGGUUGUUACUAGUGCACAUUUGUAAGAAGGAUCUUUUGAAUUUUUUAAAUUCAUAGUGGAUUGCAAGAAACCAUAAAUGCUGAUUCUUGUUAUUUCCAUCCUGAAGCAUUCGGAAAGCUCUGAAUCGGUGUUUUCAAACUUUGUGCUCAGAGAUUAUCAUCUGUGGCUUUUUUCCAGAAGUCUAUACAGUACUCUAAACUUGUUGAAGGCUUUUUUUAAUAUAUAAUCAAUAUGUAUGGGUAGCUAACACCAGUCAGAGCUUCUGAGUUAACACUUGCCCCCGUAGUUACAAAUUAUGUCUUUUGGUGACAAAAUAUGUGGUCUUAAAACAGCGGUGAUAUUUGAAUUCUGGGUUUAAAAGUCUGGGGGGCUCAUUGUAAGCUGGCACGACAAAUUCCCAAUUUUGAGGUGCAUUACAACAAGAGCCGUAUUGCCAGCUAAGAAAGACCAUUUUUCUCAUCUUUGCAAGCAUGCAAAUUGUCUGUUUCAGCAAAAAAAGGCGUUGAGGGAAUCUGAAAUUCUGCCGGGUGCAUCGCUGCACGUAGUGGAAUAUUCAGAUUGUAUCUUGAGGUUGUGUUGGUUCUGCCUUCGUUAUUUUUAUUGGUAAUAAGCACCACAGACCUUUGAGGGGUGAAGGUUUGGGCGUAUGAAGAGUGUCGUGUAGUGGGGUGGGUGUUGCUUUCAGUGCUCCUUUUCUUCCAGCUUCUAAACUCCAGGCUUUAGAUCUUGCUAGACUGUUGUGUUUUGUUAGCUUUUUCUUUUUAUUGUUUUUUUUGUUUUAAGAGAGCCUAGUCCUGUAACACUCUACGCAGUUAAAUCACCUGUUUUACAGUGGAAUUGCAAGGAUAUAGGGAAACUGUGGACAAAUGUAUAAAUAUUGUACAGUUCUAUGAAGCCUUAUCAUGGUAUCAGAUAUAAGAAAAUAAGGUUAGUGUUAGUGUUUGAAAAACGACUUUGAAAAAUAAAGACUCAUUCUAUGUGCAGUAACCUUCCUCUCUCCAAUUGAUGUACGAAUUUGAUUGGCUUGCUUCAAAAGUCAAAUGUGAUAUUAAUCUUUUCACCUUUUUCCUCUCGACUUCACAGUGAAGUAGAGCACCGACAGAGACUGAGACCAAAUGCUUUUCUGGCUUUCCUAUUAACUAGGAUUCCUAAGAAAAUAAAAGCUGUUUUUUUCCAUGCAAA